AAAACCAACUUCACAUAUAACAUGUUCGAUGAAAUGCUCCAUAGAGACAUUUCCCAUGUAAACUCCCUCAUCACCUCAUAUGUUCGCCGUGGAGACCUUGCCACUGCUUGGACCCUCUUCUGUGACGUGCGACGCACACGCUCUGACCUUGAUGCACACACCUUCACCCCUGUCCUUCGUGCGUGCUCUUUGUUACCACUCUCUAAGCGGGGCAAACAAGUCCACACACACAUGAUCAAGACCGGUGCAGAUAUCGGAACUGUCGCAAAAACUGCACUGAUGGACAUGUAUUCGAGAUAUGGGUACUUGGAACAAUCCAAAAGGAUCUUUGAAGAGAUGGUUCACAGGGAUGUUGUUGCUUGGAAUGCUUUGCUUUCGAGUUUCUUGAGGCAUGAUCUUCCCCUUGAAGCACUAAGUGUUCUAAGAGAAAUGGGAAAGGAGAAUGUUAUGCUCAGUGAGUUCACACUUUGUUCCGUGUUGAAAUGUUGUGCUUCUUUGAAGGCCUUGGAAUUGGGUAGACAGGUUCAUGGUUUGGUGGUGUCCAUGGGGCGUGAUUUGGUUGUGCUGAGCACUGCUCUUAUUGAUUUUUACUCCAGUGUUGGAUGUAUUGAUGAUGCUUUGAAAGUUUUCUAUAGUUUGAAGGGUUGGAAAGAUGACAUGAUGUAUAACUCUUUGGUUUCUGCAUGCAUCAGGAAUAAGAGGUAUGAUCAAGGGUUCAAAAUUCUGAGCUUGAUGAAGCCUAAUGUGGUUGGUCUUACCAGUUCUCUGGUUGGCUGCUCUGAGAAUCUGGAUCUGUGGGUAGGGAAACAGAUUCACUGUGUCGCAGUACGUCAAGGUUUCACUUAUGAGACUCAACUGUGCAAUGCCUUGUUGGACAUGUAUGCGAAAUGUGGGAAGAUUUCACAUGCUCGUUCAUUGUUCGAUGGAAUUUCUCAGAAGGAUGUGAUUUCCUGGACAUGUAUGAUUGAUGCAUACGGUCGGAAUGGGCGUGGACAUGAAGCUGUUGAGCUGUUUGAGCAGAUGAUGGAGGAUGGGAAUAAGGUGAUUCCGAACUCUGUGACUUUUUUGUCUGUGUUGUCAGCUUGUGCUCACUCUGGAUUGGUAGAGGAAGGUAAAAAAGGCUUUAAUUUGUUGAGGGAGAAAUAUGGUCUUGAACCAGAUCCAGAGCAUUAUGCAUGCUUCAUAGAUAUCCUAGGCCGAGCCGGUAACAUGGAAGAAGUAUGGUCAGCAUAUCAAAAUAUGAUUGAGCAAGGUACUAAACCUACUGUAGGAGUAUGGAUAGCAUUGCUGAAUGCUUGUAGUCUUAAUCAGGAUGUUGAAAGAGGUGAAUUUGCUGCAAAGCAUCUCUUGCAGAUGGAGCCUGAUAAAGCUAGCCAUAUUGUGCUUGUAUCAAAUUUUUAUGCAGCCAUUGGAAAGUGGGAUUGUGUAGAUGAGUUGAGAAGCAUGAUGAGGACAAAAGGGUUGGUCAAGGAAGCUGGCAAUAGCUGGAUUAAUGUUUCAGCCUUCAAUCAACAUGUCGGGUUGCGAUCUGCUUGAUGUUUGCUAGCAACUGCCAACACAAAAUUGAGCCCGAGUCUUACUAUUAAGUAUGGAUUGAAUACAGUGGCAAGUUGGCAAUGUGUCUGCUCUGCAUUCUUUAUAUCAUUGGCUAACAUCGUUGGCCUUUUGCUCAUGCUUGGUUCUAUUAUAGGCUUGACUCUUGGUUUCUAACAUCGAUAUUGUAGAUUCAAGAACCAUAAUUUGGAGUUUGCAUGUGAACGUCACCAUUAUGCCAUAUCUAAGAAACAGAUUUACACAAAAGUCGCCAUUAUAGACUGGGAUUUGGGAUUUGCUCAAAGAGUGAAAGCAAACAGAGCAGUGAGGGAGAAAGGAGGUUAGAUUGAGAAAGAAAGGAGGAGGAAUGAGGCAAUGGCAGUAAUGGAGGCCACCGUUGAUGCUGGAUCCGCCGCCGAAGUAGAAAGUCGUUUGAGAGAGGGGAGCUUCCAAUGAGGCAUAUGCUACUCUGUUGUACGGUGAGGAAUUUUUUCUUGGCGUUCGAGUUCUUGGGAAAUCGAUUCGCAACAGUGUAUCCAAGAAGGACAUGUCUGUUGUGGUCUCCAAUGGAGUCUCUGAUUGCCCGCAACCUCCUUUAGCUGCAAGAGCAAUAGAUGUUCUGAAUUUCACUCCUGGAACAACAAGCCCAUUAAGAAAAAGAAAGAAAGGCUUGACAAGUUCUGUGAGAAGUGAGAACCCCUUCUACUUGAAGGUUCUCAAGGAACAUGUAAUGAAUUACUGCUGUGUAUGCACCACCAUGUCAACACCGCUUCUCUGAUCCUUUACAUUGUUCUUGCUGAUUUUACCUGGUUGUGGACUAUUUUUUUUCUUAGCCCUCACAUGCUUUCUGUUCUAGGGAUUAAUAAUGUGGAUUACGAAUCAGAAGUAGAAGAUGAAUUUCUUUCUAUAUUUCGGAAGGGAUAGAGAGGUCCUUAUGUUGCUAUUUCUCUGGAUAAGGUUGUGGAUGUUGAUAGAAAUCUAGGAGAUGAAAAGUUGGUUACUGAUGGAUUUCAAACUCAAUUGGAAUAGUUCAUGUUACGGGAAAUUCAUCGGAAACAAUAUGGGACAAGGCGAUGAUCCUGUCACUGAAGAACACAUUGCAUUCUUGUACUAUUUGUUAAAUGGGAUAGUCUUUUCUUUGCGCAGUGUGACAAUGCAGAAACUCUAUUAACCAUUGCCAACACUCAUCCUUGAGAGCACAUGGGGCUAUUACCUGCUAAACUCCUUUUAGAAAACUUAUACGAAGAGUUAGGUCUAAUGGUCGAAAACCUGCGAGAUUGAUCUCCUCUCUGGAGGUCCACUAUGGUUAUUCCAAUUAUGGUUGAAUGCUGUCUAGAAGUUCAUGGUGGUUGAUGGCGCUCCUCUCGCAAUAGAACACCGCAUUGAGGGCAAUAGACUGUCAGUAUUGAAGCCAAACUUCUCUGGUUCCUCUGUGGAGAUUUAUUUUGGGAGGUUUUUACCAAGCUUUACAAUGUCAAAUUCUUCUAUAACGAUAAUCUUAACUUCAUUCCUUUUGUCAAGCGCAAAUGCGGCCUUUACUGGUUUCAAGUCCAGAAUCUAAGUCUGAAAACAAAAAGUGCAGUGCCUCGACAAUACCUGGGAUGCCGUGCAUUCAUGCUAUAGCAGCAAUCAGAAAACGGCAUGAUAAUCCCGAUGAUUAUGUUCAUCCAUGGCUAUGUAUGGAAUCCAUUAGAAAGACAUACGAGCACUUCAUCCAGCCGGUAACGAGUGAGGAAUACUGGACAAGAUCUGAGUUUACUAAGCCUGCUCCACCUGUGUUAAAAAGGCCAAUUGGACGUCCCAAGGUGCAUAACAGACAGAAAGACCCAGCUGAGGCUGUCAUUGAUGGGGACAAAUUGAAGAGGAGAUUCUAUGUCACAUGUAGCAAGUGUGGUGAGAGGGGACACAACUACAAGACAUGCAAAGGGGCCCCAUCCAACCCAAACUGGAAGCCAAAGACGAAAA